AUGUCAUUCAACGAUCUAUCCAUCGAACUCUGCAUCAUGAUUAUGCGGGACUUGGCUUCCCAAGUCAAUUAUUUACUUCAUUACCGCGAGGACCAACGUGACGAACUUGUGAGUCCCCUAUGGCUAGCGGCAAGGCACGGAUCUAUCGAGGUUGUGCGUCACUUCUUUACUCUCCAAGACGUUGAUUGGAAUUGGGCGAGUGAAGACUUUCACGAGACGCCAUUACACGUUACGAUAGAAUCGGGACAUACCGACUUAGCUUUACUGCUUCUUUCUCAUCAAGAAGUUCUGAUAAAUGCCGAAGAUGGAGCAGGAUGGACGCCAUUUAUUUACGCUGUUUCGGAGGGAGAUGAAGCAUUGGUUAAACAUCUGCUCUCCAUUAACUCAGUCGACCCAGACCACCGAACACGUACUGGCAAGUCGGCGCUCUUCAUUGCGGCGGAUUGGGGGCGAAGCACAGACAUCGUCAAGCUCCUGCUCGAUACCGGAAGAGUUGAUGUUAAUUUUGUUAGUCUAGAAACCCUCGACACGCCGCUAAUCGCUGCCAAGCGACCAGACGUCGUUAAGCUCCUUGUUGAGCAUCCUGAUAUCGAUGUCAAUUUUGCACCAACAGGUAAUGCCGCGCCUAUCACCAUUGCGGCGGAGGAGGGCCGUUUGGAGAUAGUAAAGAUCCUGCUUACGCACCCAGAUAUUGACCCCGACGGAUCAGAAUACCCUCCAGAAGCGCCCAUCCUUCGCGCGGCAGAGGAGGGCCAUGAGGAAGUUGUUUCCGUGUUACUUGCUGACGACAGAGUAGGAAAGGAAAGUCGACGAUUGUUGGCAAAAAAGUAUCCGCGGUUUUUAUGAGAGAGAUUCAGGAUCGAUAUAUGUUGAGGGUAAAUUUCAUUCUCGAGUUUGCGCAUAGUGUUUAGUAGAUCAAAAUAAUUCGUCUUUAGUCUGCCUGAAGCAUGAAACAUCGUGAUUAAACAAUUAACUUUAUGACCUUAUUCCAUCCCAAUAAUGCAGUCAUCUAUUGGUAUUAAUAUUUCUUGGUAGAACACAGCAAAUUUCACAAUAUUAUGAAUGGCUACUCAAGGUCAAUUACCCAGAGGAAAGCCAGCGGCGUACAGG